CCGGGCAAGAUGGCGGACCGCGAGGAGGCGUUGAGGGAGUUCGUGGCCGUGACCGGCGCCGAGGAGGAGCGAGCGCGGUUCUUCCUGGAGUCGGCGGGCGGGGACCUGCAGAUCGCCCUGGCCAGUUUCUACGAAGAUGGCGGCGACGAGGACAUCAUCACCCUCCCGCAGCCAGCCCCCAGCUCUGUCACCAGAGGCACUGCACCCAGUGACCACAGGGUGACGUCAUUCCGAGACCUUGUCCAUGCUCAGGAAGAGGAGGAGGAAGAGGAAGAAGGACAGAGAUUUUAUGCUGGGGGAUCCGAGCGAAGUGGACAGCAGAUUGUUGGUCCUCCGAGAAAGAAGAGCCCCAACGAGCUUGUGGAAGAUUUGUUCCGGGGUGCCAAAGAACACGGGGCAGUGGCUGUCGACCGAACAGCGAAAAGUCCCAGCGAAGGCAGCAGACCAAAACCCUUCGCUGGCGGCGGGUACCGCCUGGGAGCUGCCCCUGAGGAGGAGUCUGCCUACGUCGCUGGAGAGGCGAGGCAGAAUGCUGCCCAGGAUGUGCAUGUUGUCCUGAAGCUGUGGAAGAGCGGCUUCAGCCUGGACAGCGGGGAGCUGCGGAGCUAUCAAGAUCCGUCCAAUUCCCAGUUCCUGGAAUCCAUCCGCAGAGGGGAAGUUCCCGCAGAGCUCCGGCGGUUGGCUCGUGGCGGGCAGGUGAACCUGGAUCUUGAGGACCACCGUGAUGAGGAUUUUGUGAAACCCAGAGGUGCCUUCAGGGCUUUCACCGGAGAAGGGCAGAAGCUGGGCAGCACUGCUCCUCAGGUGACCGGCCCGAGCUCUGCAUCGCAGCAGGCAGAAAACGAAGCCAAGGCCAGCUCCUCCGUUGCCGUCGAUGAGUCGGAGCCCACCACCAACAUCCAGAUCCGGCUCGCGGAUGGCGGGCGGCUGGUCCAGAAGUUCAACCACAGCCACAGGAUCCGUGACGUUCGGCUCUUCAUAGCGGAUGCCAGGCCCGCCAUGGCUGCCACCAGCUUCAUCCUCAUGACCACCUUCCCGAACAAAGAGCUUUCGGAUGAGGACCAGACCCUGAAGGAAGCCAAUCUACUCAACGCUGUCAUCGUCCAGCGGUUAAUAUAAGGGGACCUGCCCACCAGCUGCCCGCCCCGUCGUAUAGCCCCUGCGUGUGGCCCUUCACACAGUGCGGUGCCGCAGCCCCGUCGUAGCACUGGGUUCCAGGCUCUUGGGUUGGACUCUUUAGUUGCGUUUCCCACAUUAUUUGUGUUGUGUGCGUGCGUGCGUGCGUGGGUGAGUGAGCCAGCGUCCACUGAUUCACGGACUUAAAGAAAUUAAACCAAACGCAAACUUUUGGAAGGAACACCAUCUCUGCUCCCUCUUGUGCCGCCUCUGCCCCACCCCGCUGGAUGGCAGGGCAGAGCUGCGUGCGGCCCGACAGGGAGGGGUGGUGGUCGGAAGGGGCGCGCGGUGUCCUUCCCACGCCCUGCCCCGCCUCCUGUUCGGUGUGUUAAAUAAAACGAGCCCCUGCGGCCAGACCGCUCUCGCCAGUCA